UUCGUAACGACCUUCGGGACGACAUCGUUUUCUCGUUUUGAUCCGUACAUGCUCAUUUCCCGGCCUUGUUGCAUCUUCUAGGGUUUUAAUGGGGUACAACCCCAAGUUCCCGGUCUGCAACGUACUGUAUAUCAAAUGGACACCUUGAUCCGUUCAGACAUAAUUUCUCUAUCGCUAAUCUCCUAAAUAUGGAAAAUCCUCUUUCGCCCACACACGAACCAGACCCCAAGAAGCUCAAAAUGUCCACCACCACCACAUCCGACGAGGAGGAUUGCUCCGCCGCCGCAACAGAACCCACUGCGGACAAGAAACGAAGGUACAAGCGCCGCAAGAUUGCCAUCUUCUUCGCCUACUGCGGCGUAGGCUACCAAGGCAUGCAGAAGAACCCCGGAGCCAAGACCAUCGAAGGCGACCUCGAAGAAGCCCUCUUUCUCUCCGGGGCCGUCCCCGAACCGGAUCGCGGGAACCCCAAGCGGUUCGACUGGGCCCGUUCGGCUCGUACUGACAAGGGCGUGAGCGCCGUCGGCCAGGUAGUCUCUGGCCGGUUCUACAUCGACCCACCUGGCCUCGUCGACCGUCUCAACUCCAACCUCCCUCUCCAGAUUCGCAUCUUCGGGUACAAGCGCGUGACGGCGUCCUUUAAUGCUAAGAAGUUUUGUGAUCGGCGGAGGUAUGUGUAUCUGAUACCCGUGUUUGCUUUGGACCCUUCUUCGCAUCGCGAUAGAGAGAGUGUGUUGGCUAGCUUGGGUUCUGAUGGCGAGCUUGUUAAGUGUCUGGAGUGCUCCGAGAGGGGACGUAAAGUCGUAGGUGUAAUGGGUAGGCGGGGUUCUGAAACUGUUGUUGAGUCAGGCAUUUCGUCGAACAGUGGAGCUGCUAGGUUGGAUGCUAGAGUUGAAGAGUCUGUGGUCUUGGAUAAUUUACAUACUGAAUCUUUAGGGGAGCCGAAGAUUAUAUAUGAUAAUGGGGAUGCUACUCCUCAUUCUGAGCCGGCAAAUGAGACUAAUGAAACUGUUGUUCAGUCUGGCAUUUUGUCGAACGAUGGACCUGCUACAUUGGAUGCUAGAGUUGAGGAGGCCGCAGUUUAUUCAGACAAGGGCAAUAAUCUGCAUUCUGAAUGUGUGAGGGAAUCUAAAACUGUAAUGGAGAAUGGGAAUGCUAAUGUUUAUUUGGAGCCCAGAAACGAGGCUGGUGUCUCUGCCAAAAAUGGGACUGGAGAUGGCUUGCAUGUCGAGUCUGCGAUUAGCGAAGAUAAUGUUGAAGUUGAUCUUGAUUUAGAUGACAAGAGGAUGGAGAAGACCGUGAAGGGAAGUGGAUUUUGUUAUGGUGAGAAAGAGAAGGAGAGAUUCAAUAGAAUUCUGAAGCAUUAUUUGGGGACACACAACUUCCAUAACUUCACAACCAGGACAAAAGCAGAGGAUCCCUCAGCCCAUCGUUUCAUCGUGUCAUUCGAUGCUAGCACCACAGUUACUGUCAAAGGCAUUGAAUUUGUCAAGUGUGAGGUUGUAGGGCAGAGCUUUAUGCUUCACCAGAUUAGGAAGAUGAUUGGGCUUGCUGUAGCUAUCAUGAGGAAUUGUGCCCCAGAGUCGUUGUUGGAAACAGCUUUGCAAAAGGACAUUAAUAUUAAUGUGCCUACUGCUCCUGAGGUUGGCUUGUACUUGGAUGAAUGCCUUUUCACAUCAUAUAACCAGAAGUGGAAAGAAAGUCAUGAAGAAUUGUCUAUGAAAGCUUAUGAAGAAGAGGCAGAGGACUUUAAAAUGAAGUACAUAUACUCUCACAUUGCAUCUACAGAACAUAAGGAAGGAGUUGUCGCUCUUUGGUUGCAUUCCUUGAACCACCGCAAUUAUCCUGAUUUACGUGUUGUGAACAAUGGAGAUACCAAUGGUGGAAAGAGUGUUGAAGCCAAAGGCAUGGCUGAGUGAAUUAUCUUUGUGGUUGUUAUUUCUUUAUGCUGCCCAAUCCAUGGUUUGUAUCUUUAGUUUUUCGUUAUUUAUAUAGUUGCUUUCGACUUGUAGAAGUUUUAUAUGUUUGAAUCCUAUGACAUAAAAUUUUAUAUCUCCAGUCUAUGCAUUUAUUAAUUAGCCUAGAAUGUACCAAACUUUGUUAAAAUACAAAAUUACAAGAAUGUUCUGCUUUGGAGCAUGUGGCCUAA